CCAGCGAGCGAGCGCACAGCCCUAAGCGUGCAGCCUGCAGGCAGGCGCCGGCGGGUCCGAGACGCCAGGCGGUGGCAGGUGGAACCGGGACAGGAUCAUCGGAACCUGUUGCUGAAACCCAACCAGGACGCUUCGACGCCGCUGGGGCUCUGCCCCGGCGUGGUCUGCAGGUCCAUCAUGAGUGAGGAAUGGGAUUCAAACUCUACAGAAAACGGGCAUUACAUUUGGAGUAAUGAUACAACACAUGAUCUGUACUCAGAUAUCAAUAUCACCUAUGUGAACUACUAUCUUCACCAGCCGCAAGUGGCAGCGAUUUUCAUUAUUUCCUACUUUUUGAUCUUCUUCCUAUGCAUGGUGGGAAAUACAGUGGUUUGCUUCAUUGUAAUGAGGAACAAACAUAUGCACACAGUCACUAAUCUCUUCAUCUUGAACCUGGCCAUAAGUGAUCUACUAGUUGGUAUAUUCUGUAUGCCUAUCACACUGCUGGACAAUAUUAUAGCAGGAUGGCCUUUUGGAAGUACAAUGUGCAAGAUCAGUGGCUUGGUCCAGGGAAUAUCCGUCGCAGCUUCCGUCUUUACUUUAGUUGCAAUAGCAGUGGAUAGGUUCCGGUGUGUUAUCUACCCUUUUAAACCAAAGCUCACUAUCAAGACAGCGUCUGUCAUCAUUAUGAUUGUCUGGGUCCUGGCCAUUGCCAUCAUGUCCCCGUCUGCAGUCAUGUUACACGUACGGGAAGAAAAAAAUUACCGAGUGAGAUUCAACUCCCAGGAGAAAACCAGCCCAGUCUACUGGUGCCGGGAAGACUGGCCAAGUCAGGAAAUGAGGAGGAUCUAUACCACAGUGCUGUUUGCCAAUAUCUACCUGGCUCCCCUGUCCCUCAUUGUCGUCAUGUAUGGAAGGAUUGGAAUUUCACUGUUCAAGAGGAAGGUGCCCCACACAGGCAAACAGAACCAGGAGCAGUGGCAGGUGGUAUCCAAGAAGAAGCAGAAGGUCAUUAAGAUGCUUCUGACCGUGGCCCUGCUUUUCAUUCUCUCCUGGUUGCCCCUGUGGACCCUGAUGAUGCUCUCGGAUUAUGUUGAUCUGUCUCCAAAUGAACUGCAGGUCAUCAACAUCUACAUCUACCCUUUUGCACACUGGCUGGCCUUCUGCAACAGCAGCGUCAACCCCAUCAUUUAUGGUUUCUUCAAUGAAAAUUUUCGUCGUGGUUUCCAAGAUGCUUUUCAUCUCCAGCUUUGCCAAAAAAGAGCAAAGUCCAAGGAAGCCUACACUCUGAGAGCUAAAAACACUAUGGUCAUCAACACAUCUCAUCUGUCAGCGCAGGAAUCGACAAUUAAAAACCCACAUGAGGAAAUUGUGCUUUGUAGGAUAAGUGCUGAAAAGCCCUUACAGGAAUUAAUGAUGGAAGAAUUAGGAGAAAUUACCAGUAGCAAUGAGAUGUAAAAAGAGCUGGUGUGAUUAUUUUAACUCUGCUGUGUGAUAUAUGUUGAAAUAUUGUUGAUUUCUUUGGCUUCGUACUUCAGUUCUAUGAAUGUUAGAAACCCUCUCUGGGAAAAAAGUAAACAAAAUGAACCUCCUGUUCAUAAUCAAUCUUACUGUAUUUAAAAUAUAUACAGAAACUUAUACACAAAUUGGCAUGGAUAAAUCUAUUUUCUAGGACCAGUUUUCAAAGCCUGAUCUUUUCCAACUUUGCUAUUUAAGUAUAAGUCAAGCAAGUGUUUUAUGUGUAUAUAUAUAUGCAACACACAUACACACACUUUCAUCAAAUGGGGAUAAAUGGGCAGUUCUUUGCAUGAGAGCACGUUUUGCAAAUUCUCCUUUUGCUUUUGAAUUGGAAAUUUUAGACUACAGAACUAUUUAUCUGUGUGUGCUUUUAAAAUGUACUCAGCUUUCUUAGAAAUAAGAACCACAAUAGCAAAUAAAGGAACAUUGUGUUUCUUUGUAUUUAAAGGUUGACUUUUUCCUUUUAAAAAGUACAGAGUUGGUAACUAUUGCUCCAAAUGAGUUAUUGUUGGGUUUUACUACUUUUGUAAAUGAAUUUAAACCCUAACUGAACCCACGUUUCUUGUAAAGAUGAUUCAGGAUCCCAAGUUGACCUCCUUUCUAAUAGAAUCUCUAACAUAAAAAAGUCAAUCUUGUAAUAAAGAAGCAAUUGUCAGAGGAAAGCAGCUCUCUUUUGAAGGGCUUGAUCAGAGAUGUUCAGCAGUCAUCGUAAGACUCCCAGAAAGUUUGAACUGAUUAUUCCAGAUUUCUUACUGGGCAGAACAUUUAAAUCUAGAAGUCCUACUGGAUUAGCAAAUUAAUACUGCUACUAAGAGAAUGGUGAACCCCUGGAUUCUGCCUGGUUAGGAUUAUAUAGUGACAAUAGUCAUAAAAGCUGGCUUUUAUUCUGGGGUGGGAUAGUCCCUAGAAAAUUGGGAAUUAUAAAAUAACAAAUAGUUUUGCAAAUAAAAAUAAAUCUCUGGGCUUGGACCUAUCACGUUUUCUCAGGCUGUAAUAUGGUUCGAAGUAAAAGCUUUCCAACACUAUAGGCCUUUGAGAAAAUAAUUGUUUCAAUUGGGUUUAUGCUAUGUGAUAUUUAAAUCUGUAUGUGUUACAUAUUUCCAAAACCUUUUUUGAAUUUCAUUAUUUCUUCUAUAUCAUGUCAUCUAUGUGUUAUGAAGAACUUAUUUGGGACUUCCUCAAUAACCAGUUUUCUGAUUAUAAAAUAAUAAAAAUUACAUUAUGAAAUAUAAAAACAGUUAUUAUCAAAACAACACCUGUUACUAGUAGAGUUUUCAUGAAAAACAGAAUGGAACAAAAAUUGCAUGUAAUUCCUCUUCAAGGGAAAAAUAAAACAGUGAAAACACUAUGUGGAUAAGCAUCCUGUAUGUACGUCUUUGCCAAGAUUGAUUAUUCAGGAAUGAUUAUUUUACCAUUGUCUACCUUACAAUAUCAUUAAUACAUAUUAAAUUUCUACAAUUGUGGUACUUUAAUGGUGAAAAAUCAUUUAAAUUUGUGGUUUUGAUUAUAUUGUUCCAUGUUUCUUAUUAUUUUGUAUUUAUUCCUCUUCCCAUUCAUUGGCCAUUUUCCCACUGUAGUUUUGUGGUUGUCUUUUAUCUAUUACUAUGCACUUUGGGGGGCUUCCCUUGUAGCUCAGUUGGUAAAGAAUCUGCCUGCAAUGCAGGAGACCUGGGUUUGAUCCCUGGGUUGGGAAGAUCCCCUGGAGAAGGAAAUGGCAACCCACUCCAGUAUUCUUGACUGGAGAAUCCCAUGGACAGAGGAACCUGACGGGCUACAGUCCAUGGGGUUGCAAGAGUUGGACACGACUUAGCGACUAAAUCACCACCAGGCACUUUUUGUAUCAACCAUCAAUAAUAGGCAGACUUGGUCUUUUAAAAAAAACAAACAAACAUAAAAAUGGUGUCUUUUCUCAACUUAAAAGCCAUUAAUCAUUUCUUUUCAAAUUAGGGGGGAAAAAACCCACCAACAACAAACUCCUUAUCAGGACUUACACACCUUUAGUUUUCUGCCCUCUGUCCACCUCUUAAUCUUGUCUCAUACCCUACACUCCUCAUUCGCACUACCGGGGCUUGGGUUGUUGCAUUAGUCACUCAUUUGUGUCCAACUCUGUGUGACCUCAUGCACUAUAGCCCACCAGGCAACUCUGUCCAUGGGAUUCUCCAGGCAAGAAUACUGAAGUGGGU